AAGAAUUUGAUAGUGUGGUUCAUCAUCAGCUGUGGCGGCCUGCUCCUGGGGGGGUUCCUCCACAAUGGACCUAUAAAUGAAAGCAGGAAUGUCAUGAAUAUACUACAUAUAACGCAACAUGGGAACACGUGUUUACAUUGGAAGACUUUCAUAUCAUGCUCGGGAAAAAGAUGUGGAAAGAUUUUUUAGAGGAUAUGGAAGAAUCAGAGAUGUGAUGCUGAAAAAUGGAUAUGGAUUUGUGGAAUUUGAUGACAACAGAGAUGCAGAUGAUGCAGUGUACGAGCUGAAUGGCAAAGACCUUUGUGGAGAAAGAGUGAUAGUUGAACAUGCACGUGGACCGAGAGGCGAAGAUUCUUGGCGAGACCGAGAUCGAGGGUAUGGACGCCGCCGCGGUAUCGGCUCGGGAUCAAGACGAGACAAAUAUGGUCCUCCAACCAGAACUGAAUAUCGUAUUAUUGUUGAAAAUCUGUCGUCUCGAGUCAGUUGGCAGGACUUAAAAGAUUACAUGCGACAAGCUGGAGAGGUUACUUAUGCUGAUGCCCACAAGAAACACAGAAACGAAGGUGUUGUUGAGUUUGCUACAUACACAGACAUGAAGAAUGCCUAUGAAAAGUUGGAUGGCACUGAAAUUAAUGGAAGGAAGAUCAAAUUGAUAGAAGACCGACCGAAGAAAAGGAGUCGAUCAUACUCCCGCAGUCGGAGCCGCAGUGGAUCUCGAUUUCGAAGAAGUAGAUCACGGAGUCGAUCGCGAAGUUGCAGCAGAAGCCAAAGCAGUCGUAGUCGUAGUCAUAGUCGAAGCAGGAGUGUGUCAAGAGACAAGAAAGAAAUAAACGAUAGGUCAAAGAGCAAGUCGCCAGUAAACCAGAACUCCAAAUCACAAUCAAGAUCCCGAUCUAGGUCUCGAUCCUUCUCUCGUUCAAAGUCUCGCUCCCCAGUAAAAGAUGCUGUUGCUAAUGGCGAAGAAGCUCAGGAAAGCGAGAAAGACGAUUGAGUUACAGGAAUUUCAUAGACUGGUGUGAAAGCAUGUAGAUGUGAUAAAGUGAAUACUAGUUAAUUAUUUAAUAUUUGUCUUAUUACCGUAUUUGACCGGAAAUAAGCCCAUGUCUUUGAAUAAGCCCCCCUCCGUUUUGAUAGCAUUUAAGAAAUUAGGCCCUCAUUCGUAAAUAAGCCCACC